AUGAGCGACAUGGAGAGCAGCAAGAAGCGCAGCAGCAGCAACUAUGAAGAUCGCGUAAAGCACAUUUCAGUUAUUGCCAAGCCACUUGCCUCCAAAAAGCAAACUAAGCGUGCUUACAAGGUCGUUAAACGGGCCACGAAAGUCAAGAGCAUCAAGCGUGGUGUGAAGGAGGUAGUCAAAGGCAUCCGAAAGGGUGUGAAAGGCUUGUGCAUCAUUGCUGGCGAUAUUUCGCCCGUAGACGUGAUUUCACACAUACCCGUGCUUUGUGAAGAAAAUGAUAUUCCAUACAUUUUCACCCCUUCUAAGGUAGACCUUGGUGCGUCGGCACUGUCCAAAAGGCCCACAAGCUGCAUUUUGAUCACGCCUGACAAGGCAGGAUUUAACGCGAAGGAGGUCUACGACGAAUUACUCAAAGACGUGAAGCAGGUGCAGCCAACUUACUAG